GCUGAAUGUUCCCGCCCAUCGAAAACCACAUGUACGGUGCAUGGGCCAGCCUCGACCAGCCCUUCCAUGGCCCUAGAACCCCAAUAGCCAGUGACAACAUAAUCCAUAAUACGAUCCUUCUUGGGUAGUCGGGGUAUGAUCUGUGAUGACAGGAAGCAAGUUCGUCACGACUGACGUGAACAUACUCGACGGGCAUGCAUUUGUGCAAGAUAUUCUCGAGAUUGGCAGUUGUGACUUAGGCAACCGAUGUGAAAGCUCCGAUACCUGUGCCUGUAUAGUUCAGAAGCCCCUUGGCCGCUUCUUCAAGGACGGAUCGAUGAAGUGUAGAGCGACCUGCAGCGAGACUGAUCAUUUCUUCGAGCUACAUGGCUACCUUGCUGUGCCCGGGUCGAAACAGGUUUCGAUUUUGUUUUCGGUCUUGUUUGUGCAUGUGAUCGGAGAGGCUGUUAUCCCGACCGCCCAUUGGCCGGGUCAGCAUCGAGUUUUGCUCUUCCAUUUUUUCUCCAUUUUUUGGAACAUGGAGCUGUCCAUAGAACGAACACGCGCGUGCUCAACAUUGGGAUCUCAGUCGCAACUCUUCGUGGACUAUCACGAGCUGGCAUCACCGUCGCGAGCCUCCAGGAGCCCACUUUUAGGAUGGAAGACCUUUUGGAGAGACUAUGCCGGAAGAUCGAACCCAACAGCACUCCUUGAUCCCCCUCCCCGAUGCAGCAAGCCAACGGGUUUAGCGGAUUGAAACGACAAAAAAAAAAGAGAACGGCGGAGGCACACUGUAACCCAAACGUCCUACUAGAUCAGAAGCUUCCGCCCAGGGCUUGUUGUCAUGUCACCAUAGUCCAAGUA